AUGAUUGAAAGUGGCGAAACAUCUACGUCACAUCUGAAUACAAAUGACAAUACGUCGACCAGAGAUUCGAACGAAAAUCAUUUUGUUAUUUCUAAAUGUAAACGACAUCCUACAGUCACUCCAUUAAGAAAUGAUAAUAACGACAACGAAGAUGAAUUGGAAGGUGAAGAGCGUCUGCUAACAGUCUGCUGUAGAUCAGGAAGGCUUGGAGCUGCUUGUUACACGCUUCAAACGGGCGAGCUUUUAAUCUUAGAAGAGAUAACGGACCGAGCUCCAGAACACCAGAUUUUCUUAUCUCUAUUCAAUCAAAUCGAGCCUGUGAAGAUCAUAAUGGAUGGAAAAUCCCAGGGUACCCUCAUAAAUGCUGUGAAGAAAAUCGUCUUCACCGACAGUAACGGGGGAAAGUGCAAACUAAUAUUUGUAUCCGCUAAAGAAUACAAUUUCGAAGCAUGUAAGCGCCGUAUUUACUCCCUGUCUCUCCCCAACGAGCCUCCUCACUGCUCGGACGAGGAGCGCCUCGUUUUCCUCCGUACUGCCAUAGACUUCGCUCAGACCCAAACUGUGCACGCGCUAGGCGCUAUGCUGAGAUACCUAGACCUUAACUGGUCUAACCUAAGCAUGAAUCUGCACGGAAAACCUGAGUUUUUAAACUUAAAGAGAAUAUCUCUAAAUGAUAUAGUAUCAAUGGAUGAAGAUACAUACCGAGGCUUACAAAUCUUCAGCUCGCUAUCACAUCCCAGCGGGUUUAAGAAGGGUGUGCAAGGGAGCAACAAGGAGGGACUGAGUCUCUUUCAGAUCUUUAGCAAGUGCUCUUCGAAAGUCGGACAUAGGCGUAUGAGACAAUUUCUCCGUCACCCAACGAAAGACAUCGAAACACUUAAACGUAGACAAGAUGUCAUAGCUUACUUCAUUAGACCACAAAGCGACUCCAUCAUGAGAAAUAUUUGUGCUUCUCUUAGAUUCGUAAAAAACGUUAAUGGCAUACUAGCGAAAAUCAAGGCGUUAUCAGCUAAGGCUUAUCAAUGGAAAUCGCUUUACAAUGCUCUAUACAACGUUGUACUCAUUUGUGAAAUGUGCGAAAAUGCUGGACAAGCUUGUGAAUAUUUGGAACAACUGGCGACUUACGAUACCAACAAACUCUACGAGAUGGCACUCUACAUGAAUCGAAUAAUAGACUUCGAUCUGUCAAAGUCUGAAGGGAAAUUCACCGUGAAAGCUGGAGUGGACCCCGACCUAGACAUAAAAAAACAAACAAUGGCCAGUCUCCAUCGUCUGAUGUCUGAAACGGCCAAGAUCGAACUGGAGCGCUUACCGACUUUCAUAGAGGAGUGUACCAUGUUGUACAUGCCGCACUUAGGCUAUCUCCUAGGAGUCAAGGCCUGGGAUGAAAAGCUAACGAUGGAAGACAAGGAACUGCCAAAUAUGAAGUUUAUGUUUCAAAACAACGACUAUAUACAUUACAAGAGCAGAGGAUGCGAAGAAUUAGACGUGAUGAUAGGCGACACGUAUCCGGAGAUAGUGGCUCAUGAGACGCGGAUCAUGAUGCGGCUCACUUCCAUCCUGCUGGAAAACCUGCACGCACUGGCUGCCGUCAUAGAUAAGUGUGCUGAGUUAGAUUGCUUAAUAACGAUAUCGAAGGUAUGCAAAGAAUACAAUUACGUUCGACCGACAUUAACUACAGACAAAGUGAUAGACAUAAAGCAAGGCAAAGAUCCGCUUUAUAUUACGACCUGUGACAACUUUGUACCCAACGAUGUACUCUGCAGUCGGGAGGCGGGCUAUGUCAAGAUCCUGACUGGACCCAACUCUAGUGGGAAGUCCGUUUACAUGAAGCAAAUAGGGUUGAUAGUGUAUUUAGCGCACAUCGGCAGCUUCGUCCCGGCGGAGGCGGCGACUGUCGGCGUGGUGAGCCAUAUCUACUCCAGGAUACAGUCCACCGAAUGUGUCGCGGCUCACAUGUCCGCAUUUCUCAUCGAUCUAAGACAGAUGUCUCUCGCUCUACAAGAGUCGACCACCAACUCCCUCAUCAUCAUCGACGAGUUCGGCAAGGGCACGACCGAGACGGACGGACUCGCCUUGCUGGCCGCCUGCCUGAACACUUUACUGUUCCGGGAGGACGACUGCCCACACUCGCUGCUAGCGACCCACUUCUUUAAUCUCAAAGAAUAUAUAGUGGAUACUCCGAUUGUCAAUUUUUGGCGUUUCGAGUACGUGCAGCAGGGCGGCGCGCCCGUGUUCCAGCACCGCGUGGCGCGCGGCGCCGCGCCCGCCGCGCCCACGAACACCUUACCCCCAGCUAAUAAGAAGGUCACUAACAAACUACAAUCAAUGAUAGAAAUGAUGAAAACGGAAUUGCUCGCUGCAGACAUUUAA